AUGCGUUCUAACCUUCUUUCUCUUUGUAUGCUCGGCGGAGCUUUAGCCGCUCGACCUUUCGUGAACGAGCCGGAUACAGGAUUCGAUGAAUACUUCGCGAGUUUAGCGACCGGCGAGUUGCCGCCGCUGAACAAGUUGGUUGGUCUGCCAGACUUCGAUGCGGCGGCACGGAGACAUCUCCCCGCCAUGAACUACACCUACUAUCGUAACGGAGCGGGAGGGGAAUGGUCGUACCGGAAUAACCUUGAGGUCUAUAACCGCUACAGACUGAAGCCUAAGACCAUGGUAGAUGUCACUAAUAUCGAGGCAUCGCUCCCGACCACGAUUCUGGGCCACAACUUCUCCGCGCCAUUCUUCAUCACCCCCUGCGCCCGAGGUGGCUACGGUCACGUCGAUGGCGAGAAGGGUCUCGUCGAGGGUGCCGCAAACGGAAACAUCCUCUACAUGCCGUCGCUAUACGCCAGCUUAACGAUUGAGCAAAUCACCGCUUUCAAGAAGAACGACCAGGUCACUUUCCAGCAAGUAUACCUCGACUCGAACGACACCGCUACCCAAAUCAUCUUCGACCGCGCCAAGACAGCGGACGCCAAGGCCAUCGUCUUCACCAUCGACUCCGCCGCAGACGGCAACCGUCACCGCGCCGCUCGCUACGGCGUCGGAUCCGCCGACUCCUCCUACACCGUCAUCACCUGGGACUUGUAUGACCACCUCACAACCAUGACCGACCUCCCCAUCAUCCUCAAGGGCAUCCAAACCGUCGAAGACGCGCAGGAAGCCGUCCGCCACAAGGUCCCCGCGAUCUACCUCUCGAACCACGGGGGCCGGCAAAUCGACGGCGCUCGCUCGCCUCUCGAAGUCGCCAUCGAGCUGCGUCAGCGCGCGCCUGAAGUGUUCACUCAGACGGAGGUGUAUGCGGACGGUGGCGUGCGGUACGGCGCUGAUGUCGUGAAGCUGCUGGCGUUGGGUGUUAAGGCCGUGGGUGUGGGACGCCCGUUCAUGUAUGCGAAUGUGUACGGUACCGAGGGCGUCAGUCGUGCUGUUGAGAUGCUGAAGCAUGAGAUUGCGAUCGAUGCGGCGAAUGCGGGCGUUGCGGAUUUGAAGAGGAUUGAUCCUAAUAUUGUUGACUGGACGCCGAACUGGGCCUCUGCUUAGAUGUAGAAGGCGGUGUUUGGGAGAGGGGUGUUGAUGGAUGGAUGGAUAGAUGGAUUCUUGUAUAUAUUUUGGUACUGACUCUUUGAUCGGUUACUCUUUUACUAGUAGAUACUAUUGGAUUAGAUGGUGAUGGUGGUUACAUAAAAGAUGAAUCGUUAACUUUAUUUUGU